GCGUGGUGUGUUUAAAGGAAUCUGAUGAAACUUCUUUUGCAGCAGCUGCUCCCAUAGUGGCAGCAGUAGUGUUUGCUGUGUCCAUGGCAACGGAACUCUAGAAUGUCACCUGCUUUGACGAUGUCAUGAAGGAAGCCUGCAUCAUAACUGACCAUCUAACCAGGUUGGAGGUUUGCAGAGUGUGAGGUAGUGUUUCAUUUGAAGUAACUAAGGCAUGCAAAAAAUGGAAAACUCUCAUGACAAGUGGAGCCAGCCUGGUUGGAGAAUAGAGCAGAAGUAUAGCAACAAAGUACUCAUUGGUAAUUGGGUGGAGGAGAAAUUACAAUUCGCUCGAGAGUGCAAGACAGCAAACAGCACCAACAGGCUGGACUACACGCCCCACAUGUUGCACAGGCCCGAUGUUGCCAUGCGGCGAAAGGCUCUUCACAGAUCUGAGGGUGUUCCCACAAGGCUGUUACUUUCUCAUCAUGACGUCCCCUCCUCCCACUACCUGGUGUCACUCUAUGAUGAGUCGUACGGGCGGCAGGCCUCCUCCUCUCUGCCCACACUGCGCUCCUGGCAUUCUGACAAACUGGCCUGGGUCCCGGAGAGGUCAGACCAUCCAGUCCAAGGCCCUCCAACUAAGUUUGGCUUGGCGGAAUCUUGGCGGGCUCACAUGCAACAACAGCGGGCAGUUGUGCCCACACUAAGCGUGUAUAAGGCUUCAUACCCUCUGCACCCCAUCAGCACCUUCUGUCAUUCUCGCCACGUCAGCAUGCCCAAGCGGCUCUCCAGCAGUCAACACCCUGCCAACCACAGCAACAGGGACCUGGCACUGAAACACAGACCCUGCAGGCAGGUCUCCAGUAAUCCAGCCCGCCUGCUGUGACCCUUACCCUUUGUCUCUCACCAUCUUCAGCCCUCCAGUUCCACACAGACUGGACUCAACCAGGAGAGGGCUUAGACUACCUUAUUUUAUUGAUCAGUGACUCUUAAAAACAGAAUUAAUAGGAGCAUUUUGGUGUUUUUGAACCAAGACAAAUAAAAGAGAUACAAUACUGCAAUGUGGUCCAAACGUUACAAUUCAAAUACGUUUAGAAUUUAAGUGAAAGUGACAUCUGAAGGCCAAGUAUGGUAUACUAGGAAUUUAUCCUUUGCAUUUUACCAAUUUGCUGUGGCACCCGGGGAGCGAUGGGGGGUUAGGUGCCUUGCUCAAGGGCACCUCAGUCAUUCCCUGCAACUAUUGAGAAUCGAACCCACAACCUUCGGGUUACCAGACUUUCUAACCAUUAGGCCAUGACUUCCCCAUUUAAUGCAUUAGUUUUAUAUUACAUUAUAUUUUCUGCAUGUCAAUUAAAGUGAAAAGCUGAACAGAAACAUUAACAUGAAUUUCCAAGUGUCUUAGUAUUUGCUUUGUCCCAUUUGUAUAUUUGAAUGACAGCAGCAAGUUAGUGUAAGA